UUACCUGUUAUAUUUAAAUCAUUAAAGUGUUGUUAUAUCCUUAUCAGUCUGUGUUGUCAGUACGCGGAAAGUGAAAUAAGAGUAUGUACAUCAUUGGCGACGAGGUUAAUUGCGGAAAACACCGGGAUUCAGGGUGCACUAGAACUAUCGCAGUUUGCGGUGGUACACAGGGGUGCUGCGCAGUUUGUGCAAGGAAUCUUCUAGCCAUCGCAGGUUGCGGAGGUGCACAGAGGUGUUGCAGUUUGCAACAAGGGGCUCUACUACAGUGAUAAGAAGGAGGGAGGUGCUUGGAACGCGGCUGCUCAUAUACGUCUAACCAGUUUGGUUGGUAUGUAUAGUAUGGUGGGCUUUUGUUGCCAUUAAUUAAUUGGACAAGAGAACAUUUGCUAACAUUGUUAUUAAAAAUAAAAUAAAAAAUAAUAAAUAAAAACUUGGUUUUAAUACAUUGUUUAUACUAUUUUGGUAACUUCAGAUUGAAACUAAAGAGUACAAUAUAUACAUAACACAACUCUGUAUCGUUUAAUUAGACUUGCAACACACCCGUGCUUGUUUCAUCUAGUUGUUAAAAUAAUUAAAAAUGGUUGUUCGAAUUAAUACUGCAUCAGAGGCAGAGUUACGUGCAAUUCCGGGGGUGGGACAAAAGACUGCAAAGGUUAUUGUUCGAUUAAGGGAAAAAUAUGGGACUAUGACACCAAAGUUAUUGUCAUUAGCAUUGGGAAGAACUGUCCCCAGCCAUGUGCUGCAGCUUGUGGAGUUUCCAGAGGCAGAGCAGGAUUUCAGUUUAGUCGUUUCAGAUGACCUUAGCGAGCAGUUUGCAGAGGUUGAGCAGUUUGCUCUCUCACUACCAGCAAGUGUACAGGUCCAGUCCCCAGGUACAGCCAAGCUGGAUGUUGCAGCAAGGCUUAAAAGCACAUGCGCUGCCACCAAAUUAGAGAAAGGCCAGCAGCAAGUCGAACAGAAGCCUAAUCUGAAAAAUGUUGACACUUUGCAGCCGAAGAAAGAUGACAAACCAUGUAAGCCCUUGGAGCGACAAAGCGGUGCGAGAUUCAAGAAACACGAGACUAGUGACUCCGAGGGUCAUUCACCGGUGCGAGCGGAGAAAUGGCGUAAAGCUAAAAAAUCCAGGACAUCUGGCCAUUUAAGGCGUCGCCAUUCCCAUGAUAGUUUAUCAAGGGAAGACGACGACAGCGACUGCGAUGACAGACGGUCGGUUCGCAAACAUACCCGCCAAAGUCAUGCUCCAUCUGGUGGGAGGUCAAAGCGCAGGAACCACUCCAGCGACUCAAGUUCAAGAUCGGGGUCGAGACACGGUGGUAAAGCAAGGAGGAGUCAUGAUAGUUUAUCAAGGGAAGACGCCAGCAGCGGCUCCGGAAAUGACUGUGAUGACAAACGGUCAUUACGCAAGCGCGAUGAAAGGCAGUCCAAAGGUAAAAAAUACAGGACAUCUGGCCAUGUUAGGUAUCGCCGUUCCCAUGAUAGUUUAUCAAGGGAAGACGACGACAGCGACUGCGAUGACAGACGGCCGGUUCGCAAACAUACCCGCCAAAGUCAUGCUCCAUCCGGUGGGAGGUCAAAGCGCAGGAACCACUCCAGCGACUCAAGUUCAAGAUCGGGGUCGAGACACAGUGGUAAAGCAAGGAGGAGUCAUCGUCAUGGGCAUGGUCGCCGUAGGUCAAGGUCAUCAGGAUCCAGGUUCUACUAUCGGUCGACUUCAGAAUCUGGUAGUUUAUCGGAGGAUGAUUACCACUCUAGAGUCCAUGGUGAUCCCAAGAAGAUGCCGAAGAACCUACGGUAUGAUGGACGUACCAGUUGGCUGUCAUUCAAACAGAAGUUUGACAGCUACAGAAAGGUGUACAAAUGGUCUGACCAUGAAUGCCGGGAUUACCUCAACUGGUGCUUAGAAGGAAAGGCUCUGGACUACUUUACCAUUGAGACGCGCAUGGGAGAAAGUUUUUCUUUCCGUGACAUUAUGAGAAAGAUGGAAGGGCGCUUUGGUUCCAAGGAACUACCCGAAAACAGUAGAGCCAAAUUCCAGCAGGCUACACAGCAGCCGGGGGAAUCCUUAGAAGAUUGGGCGGAUAGAGUGUUAACUCUGGCAACGCCUGCUUUUAGGGACCUUCCAGAUCAGUUUGGUCAACGGGAGGCAGUUUCUAGGUUCUGUCAAGGUUGUAUUGACAGGGAAGCGGGAAAGCACGCCUGCUUCGAACGACCACGAACGAUUCAACAUGCUCUUGAUCUGGUACGACAUCAUCAGUAUGUUUCGCAAGUGGUUGAUGGCAAGAAGGUCAGGAAAUAUGACCAAGAAGUCACAGUCAAUGCAGUUCAGUCCCCGGCAGACGUGAGAAUGGAGAGUCUGGAAAAGGCGAUUGAGCAGUUAACUUGUAAGUUUGAAGCUAGUUUAGCAUCAAACAGUUCAACAAGUAACAAGGACAGGAAGUUCCCACAGAAGACCUUUAGAUGUUUUCAUUGUAAUGGCAGGGGCCAUAUGAAAAGAGACUGUAGGGAGUAUCAGGAAUCCCUUAAACAAAAGUCUGGAGGUCAAGUGGUUGAAAGGAGUCCACAGAAGCCUUUAAACUCCAAGGGGCCGGUGGCGUAGGCCAGGCACCGCAGCCCGAUGUAGGACGAGGCCAUUUGUUAGCGCCGGUUGAAGUGCAGCAGGAGACUUCAUCUGGAUUGGCGGCUGAAAAAGGAGACAAAUCCGGAUCAGCAAGUGGAGGGGAGACGAUAGCAGUCAAGGUCGUGACGGCAGGGUCGUCUUAUGUGAAUAUGUUGGUGGGAGACCGGCAGGUUAGGGCUCGGGUAGACUCUGGAGCGGAUAUAUCCAUACUGUCUUCAGAAGUUUAUGACCGGUUAAAGCGGAAACCAGGCAAGGUCAAGGAUAUCAACAUGCAGCUUGCUGAUAAGAAUUCUAUUCUGAAGGGAUUUGUGACACAGCCUAUCCAUGUACAGCUGGGAAAACAGUCUUCCAGGGAAGGGAUAUGCGUUGCGCCAAUCAGCGAUGAGAUGUUGCUGGGACAUGACCUGCUGCGGCACUUCAAGGCAUUGAUUGAUUUGCACACAGACUGCCUAUUGGUCAAUGGCGAAAGUAUACCUUUAAACACAACAUUUAGGGACAAACCGGUGGUUGCAAGGAUCAUCAUGUCUAAAAGAACAGUGGUACCGCCAAAUUCAGUGGUCAGGGUCCCCUGUAAACUGGAGGGAACGUUGGGGGCAUAUUACAUUGAACCAGUGAACAACUUGCAGGUAUUGGUGCCAAAAGUUGUUCGGGAUGCUAAUGAAGUCCCAGUAGUGUGUUUUGUGAACCCAACUGACCAGUUUAAGACUAUCAAGAAAAACGUGGUAGUGGGGAACGCCUAUGAAUUUGAAGAGGUUCUUCAGGAAGGCGAUUUCCAAGCAACGACAGAUGAUGGCAUCAAGAUACAUCCAGUAGCUGAAGUAGACCACCGUUUAACAGCGGAAUAUAAUAGAAAUCCGUUGGGAUUGUCCUGUGCCGGGUCGACCAGUCAAUCCAGAGAACCGGAGACCGUGGCAGGUUGCCAGGUGGAGUCGGUUUGGCAGAAAAGGUCGACCAGAGAACCGGAGACGGUGGCAGGUUGCCAGGUGGGGUCAG